AUGAGCUACUCCUCGUACGAAGGUAGACUUCUGGAGGUGUUUUCUCACUUUGGGAUGAUCCAAAAAGACGCUUCCGAAGAGGGCGAGGACGCGCUGAUCAGUGUGAUAUUGAAGAUUCCAAAGACACGCCUGCUUAAAGACAUUGGACAGUUGACAGAGGCGUAUCUUGCUAUGCAAUCCCUUAAUCCAUCCAACGCGGUAAAUUACCUGAGUUUCGUGACUGGAACCCUUUUCGAACUGGUUAGUCAUCCUGACCCUGACGUCCGAAUGGCGGCUGACGAGGGCAUCAACCAGAUUGUUAAGUUUGCAAAUAUUCAUCUGAUUCAAUGCGUAAUUUGUGAGGUCUUUUUGGAAAUUAAACGCAGCCUCCACGCCCGCUCCCUGUCCUCAGCUCUACGCAAGUUUUCAGCCUGCCUCGGUCGGAUUAAUCCCAAGAAACGGAGCGUCGCCCGCACCACCUCUGCACUGGCGAGACUGGCACGAAGGUUAUGGGACGAAUUGAUAGGAUCUCUUAACUCUCCGUCGGGUCGUCUCCUGCCCUGUUGGAAUAAUUCAUCCGAGAAUCCGACGAUAUACGCUGUCAACAUUCUACCGGCUCUGAACGGACUGAUAAACCGUGAGGAGGAAAUGGUGUGGGACUGCUUCGCUGAAACUAUUGAACCCAUCGCUAUCUUUAUCUUCCCUCACACCAGCCAACAGGAACUCAUUACGCUCCUUCUAAGGGGUUUGUUGGAGAAGGUGGAAUGCGAUAAGAAUUACAUUAGACGAUCGGCAGCUACGAUCCUCGCGUCUUCAGUGGUGCACUCGCGACUACCGCAUGAGCUCUCUUAUCUACUAAUUCAGCAGCUCGUUGGUCGUGUGCUAGUGCUAAAACAGCGUUUUUUGUCGCGAGGAUCCGGAGGUAUGGUGGCGACGGCGGCAGUGGGCCUUCAGGGCUGCCUCUGCACUCUUCGCAAUCUCGCCUCGCUCUAUUCACGGAUUCCGACAACUGCGUUAGUGAAUGAACGCACUAAAUCCAAAGGUCGACCUUCACCCUCCACCUACCUAUCAGCUUCGUUGAUUGACCUGGGCGUGGGGAUUGCAGAUUUUGCAAACUGGUCUCGCGAAAGCCUGGAGUUCUUUUGGUGGAGUGUGGUGCGUCUCCUCUGCCUGCAGCUGGCAUGCCGUAAACAUCAAGCAGCAUCGUCGUCUACGAUGGUCUGCACAGCGGCGCUGGAGUGUCUUUUGGAGAUUCUCUCGUCCACACCUGCGGGCCGUCCCCCCACGGAACUUCCUGAGGGAUUUCAGGAGGCCUUGGGGGCCUUUUGUAGUACGACAUGGCCUCAUUCGCCGUCAGCGGUGCUGCAUCUGGAUGACUAUGACUCGUCGGUGGAUGCCUCUGACGCAGACGAUGGCAGUUCAGUGACCUCUCAUUCUGCAAUACCACUUACUUCCACCAUCGUUGAAGGUGAAGGAGAAAAAGUGUCCCUAGUAAAGCGAAACCUUCUUCCCCCUACAUCGUCGACACCCGCUCAGCGGGAAACAGAGGCGUCUCUUAACGAUCUUCCAUCUUCACAAGUAGAUGCUCCUGAUGGACCAGAAUUUGAGGAUGAAAAUGAGAUCGUUGCCACCUCCUCACUGCACAGUUUUUUGGGUCUCUUUGCGCACCGAUUUGGUCUCCUGUCGGGUGCUCAAUUAACGGCUCGUGCCGCGGCGCAAUCGCUGGCGGUGGCGUGUUUGGCGAAACUGUCGCUUACACUUCCUCCAGAGUUAUUUUUUGAACCACUCUCAGAAGAGGAGGGCGAAGAGAAAAAAGCCGUUACUGGAAUUGAAAUGGCUCUUCACUUGAUGCACCACAGCGAUCCUCAGGUGCGUGGCAAUGCAUGUCUCCUCGUAGGAAAUAUUCUGCAUUCCACUGCAACAUACGCUUUGAUCAAACCGACGUCAAGUCUGAAUACGCAUCAGCAUCUGCAAAUUUACCGUCUCAUCAGUGGUCUCGACGAUCUCCUUGCCUCUGAGAAAUCGGGCAUCACUUACCGCAUGGCUCUGAAGGCCCUUCGUUCCUGCGCCAACACACUUCUCCAUUUGCCAGCCGUCGUUUCUACUGUUGACAUGGAAACAGAGUCGGCGUCCGUACGUUUGUUGCAGUGUAUAGCCGCCCGACUGGUGGAUUGCGCUCGACAUCCUUACCGCCUGGUGCGACGCGAAACUCUACUUCUGGUCGCUGGUCUCGACUGGGACCAGCUGGAACAUUUGGAACGGGCUUGGUUCGGCCGUCAUAGAAACGGAACUUCCACGCGUCUUGUGGCGGCCACGCCGUUGUCGGUUGUCGCUUGGAACGAAUGCCUCCGAUUGUUCGCUGAUGCUGAUCGUUCCCUCGGUCGGGAGGCAUUCCAUUCCCUCCUAGCUCUCGCUAAACGCACUCCAUCUGCUGAUCUUCAAAGGACACAGAUGAGUGGUGUUGAUUUGGAAUCGGUUGAUACCGUUGCUGCCCAUCUUUUCGAGCAUUCGGCUCUCACAGGUCAGAACGCCGUCGCGUGUGAUCUUCCGGUUGCUCAAGGCAAUUACACCCCCAUCGUUAGUGGUUUCACAGACGAUUUGCGUUGCGUGACCAAGGACCUCCCUGUGUAUUUGAGGUUUUCGGCUCCGCCAUCCCCUUCUACUCAACAGCUAAAGUCAUCGACAACUCAUAGGCACCGUUUGUGGCGGCAUCGACACAUUCGUGGGCUGCAUCGGGUGUUUCGGGAGCUUGUGGAUAGUUUUCUGGAACUGUCACCUGUCUGUGAUAGUCCGGAGAAUCGGAGCAUGAUGCAUUCGUUAAUCUUCGGUCUGGCCGAACUGCUCGGUCGUCCACCAAUAACCUCGAAUCAUCUCCUCUGGUACACUCCAUCCCCCUUCCCACAACCCUUGGAUGAAGGCAAUGAAAAUACGGGGGUCUCUCCCGCCCGUUUCGCCUUGCAACACUACCAACGACGUCCCAAGAUGGCCCUCCUUCUGUGGCACUGUAUCUCCCAGCUCGCAAUUUCACCCCUUGCCUUAACCGAUCUGGCUUUGCAGGCUCGACUGCUUUGUCUAGCUUCAGGAUGCGCCCUGCGUUGGGGCGUUAGCAGUCUAUUGGAAGGAAGUAUUCCAGCAGGUGGAAAAAUGGAACUGCAUCACGAUCACGCCUUCACUCGUGCAUCUGCAGCUCUUCUCAAGCACGUCAUCAAACUAUUGGCAAUGUUCUGGCACGUCUUCAAGGGAGUGAAACCGAGUUCGACGGCAUCUACCACCUCCACCAAUAUCAUCUCCAACUUCGUUGGGGGUAAUCUGGCCACCUCCUCGGUCCCAAUCGCCAGCGCAUCGAUUGGAGGUGCCUCUGCCAGUCCCUCCACCAUCGUCACUACAACGAUAACUACCAGUCAGACUAAGUCCAAGUCCAUUUUCGGCUUACAGUUUGUUCAAACUACCGAAACGGAAGAAGAGGAGAACCGCUUGGUGCUUGGCAGUCGGGAGACUCACGGCUACUUUGCCGAUUCCCUGGAGUACAUGCAACUCUACAAUACCAUCAGAGCGUCUUUUGAAGCAUUUAAGGGUCGAAUUCUGCCGCCCCGAGCUCUCGAGAACCACCGAACUAUGCAGGGCUCACUGCACUACACCGAUCUCGAGCACCGACCUUUUAAUCCUGCUUGUGAUAACGUUCUCUUCAUUGAUCUGGAAUACUUACCCCCAAACACGCCUAUGCUGACGUUUGACAAUGACUUCAGGUCUAUAUGCUAUCCAGGAAUAGCUAUUCCCCUCUACAUAGCCGGUCCCAUGUUAGUUUUGCGCUUAAAGUGUGAACAAGCCUCCGAUGAAGACAGUGACAGCUUCUUUUAUGACUUGGAAGCGGAGGAGGUUCAGCCACCAACGCCCGAGAAUCCCCAAUGCGAGGUGUGCCGUUUGGUCGAUUGGCUGUUGCGAGAUUGUGAGGACUACAGGGACUGUUAUGAAUACUUGCAAAGCAAAUCUCAGACCAUAAUCUACGGGGCAAUGAAGGAGAUUUGGUGUCGUCUGGAACCCAAGCCACUUCUCAUUUCAGAGUGCCUUAUUUCAAUCUCAAGAAACAUUGAUUUGAAGAGGCUCACCAGAAUUAGAAGCCUUUCCUUCCCAGGCGAUUCGAAAUGCCUCAUGCGGAACCUGGAUUGGCCGACUCGAAGGGCCUAUUCGGUGACAUGGAUGAAUGCCAUCAUCCGUGCUGUUCGUCAAACUCUAGAUUGUGGAGGCAUCUUCAAUGAUGUCGCAUGCUUUAUCUUCGCCAAUCUCACUCGAAUUUUGCAGGAUUUUGUGAUGCGGGUAUCAAACCCUCCGGCCAAUUAUGAUUGUAUCAAUCAAUUUUACAUCCUCGAUGCCAUUCGACGUCGACCCAUCACGGUGAGGACUGCAAUUAUGCGGCUGGCGAAGGAGGUCAGCCUCCAUCUCACGCAUGUGGAUGAUAAUUGGUACGCGGGCGGGGGUUGUGGUGGGGAGGGGGGACGGGAGGACCCCAGAGACAUAUAUACUGGUGAUGCACUAGCACAAGGCGUGGUUGAAAAUAUUUUUGUUAUGAAUAUGCCCCAACUGUUCUGCAGAAAUGUCUCCCCCCACCAGCUGUACGUGCACCAUCGUGAUUGUCAAAGGCACCCGGAACGGUGUCCUUGUCGGACCUUAAUUCAUCCAACGAUGCAAGAAGUGUUAGAGCUAGAGCCACAAGUAUAUAACCCUCGACAUGAGUCUGAACUACUUCAUCGGCCGUUUGAUUCACAAAUCGACACAGACCUCUACAUUGACCUGGAGAACUUGCCUCCAGACACACCAAUGAUGACAUUUGGGAAUGACUACGAUUUGCUGUCAGAUGAAGGUAUUAGCAUCCCCCUCUUUAUAGCAGGUCCUAUGAAGGUGCUGCGUAGCAUUAAUGACGAGCGUGGAAUUCAACACCCUGAUAACUUCUUGCUUGAUCUCGACUAUAGGCUAAUAUACGACCCAACACCCUAUGAGCCUCAGUGUGAUGUGUGCGAGUUGGUGCGGUGGCUCCUGACGGAAUGCGAGAAUUAUGGUCAGUGCUUAGAAGAGUUGUUUGGCCUGCAACAGAUUGUAAUUUUUGAGAUUAUGCGAGAGAUUUGGUGUCGGUUGCGUCCAAAACCCUUGGUCUUUUCGGGGCGACAUCUUCAGCACGCAUUAAGGAUCAACUAUUUCAUGCUGCCGGCCUCUAAUAUUUUUGUUUCUCCCAUGACUCCGAUGUUAGGGGAGAUCUUACCGGGCUGGGAGGAAGUGCGAUAUUCUUCGUUGGAGUGGACUAACGGCUUCAUGUUUCUCAUUCGCGACGACAUUGACAAUGCUGGUCCACUGGGUCAUAUAUCGGGUUUCAUUUUUGCCAACCUCAUUCGGCUUUUGCGUGUACACCUUGAAAAUGAAUUGCCCCAAUUGGCCGAAGGUACAAACUCGGAGUUUUACGUCUUAGAUGCUAUCCGAGCAAACCCAUUAGUAGUGCUGCAAGCAGUCAUGAAGCUGGGAAGAGCUGUCUUUCUGACGCUCACGGCACUGGAGGGAGAUUGGCUCCCCUACGAUACCCCACCGCCUCGAGGUUUUCGUAAAGAGGAGAGCCAGUGGUAUCGUCGCAGUGUACGACGCAUUGUGGAGAAUAUGCUGAUGAUGAACUUGGCUGAAUUAUUUUUUAAUGCUAGCAACGCGGAAAGCUUUUACAGACACCGUGAUGACUGUACGAUCUCCCCACAUACGUGUCUUUGUCGCUUUGCACGAUUUCUUGAAAGUACAAAUUAG